AUGGACUACAACCCAGAGGAGGUGAACAUCACUUUCUGCGUUGGCCAGCAUGAGAGUAAGCGCACCAUUCCGAUUACCACUCAGGCGGUACGAGCUGCUCAUGAAAGUAACUAUGAUAUGCUUACUUCUCCGAUAACCACUCCUCACUUCCAAUCCAGAGUGCUCGGGUUGCUCUCCUCACACCUGUCCAAUGUGCAGACAGUGUCUGCUGGUGCCAAUGAGACUAUGGCAACCACGGAAAACACCCAGCCCCUAGUAAUUCCACCUCUAGGGCCAUUGGAUACCCAUUUGACUCCGAAUGAGGCAAUGUCCCAACUGGUGGGGGUCACUAGUCCUUGGAUUGACCUCUGUUCUCCCGAUCCAUUGAUCGCAGAUAUCUCCCGGCAGGUUUUCAUGUUGGAAGUUGCCUACGCAGCCUUUUGCGGCAUUGGGUAUCUGCUGGCUCCAGGGCCUAAAUUGCAUCACGGAAAUAUGCACUCGGAAGGACUGGCUUACUAUGCUCGCACAAUCCACGACGCAGUCAAUCUAGGACCUUAUAUUCAGUUCCACAUUUGGAUGAGGACCGUUGACAACCCCGAUCUUGAGGCAGAUGAAAUUGGUGACCUGGCCCCCUUUUCUCGCGCGCAGUUCAUUGCAGACUCAUCUGGGAAUCCAUCGUCAAAAUUAGAUUCGUUUGGAACUUGGGAAGCUUGGGACACCAUCAGAAGAACUUGUAAAUAUCACUCGAGACUUUUCAUAGCACUUUCACUACCAAAGUAUCUUCCACCUAUGCCUGUCCAGUCUCGGUGGCAUUCUGAACCGGUUCACAUGCUUACUAUUGAUGCCAAUUCCUUCAUUAAGAAUCAAAAGGGCUACCCGGUGUUGUCCAAAUCCCAUCAAGCUUUGAUUGCUCGAUUUAUGCGUCUUCGUACUCCUCCGUGGAUACUCCUCUGUGAUGUUGGCCCUAUUCCAGGGAAUGACGCGAAUGACUUACAAACCAUGAAUUUGCCUGGCUCAGAAUAUCCGAGCCUUGCGCAGGCCGCGGUUUCAAACAAGAAGCAUCAUGACCCCACCCCGCACCUGUCGUACAUUAGGAAUCUCCAAAAUAAGCAACCGCCACGAAGUGCCAUCGAAAGGUUUGGGAUAGGUUAUCAAGACUAUCUGCAGGCUCCCCUGCAGCCAUUGACCGUCAACCUGGAAAGUAUCACCUAUGAAGUCUUUGAGAAGGAUCCUAUCAAAUAUGAAUGGUAUGAGCGGGCCAUUGCAAAAGCUUUAAUUGACUGGGUAGAGCAGAAAAAGCCCACUUCAAACCCGGAUGGUCGGGUGGUUGUGGCCGUAGUAGGUGCCGGCCGAGGGCCAUUAGUCACUCGAGCGCUCAAAGCAAGCGCGGAAACGGGGGUCGAGAUUGACCUAUGGGUCGUGGAGAAAAACCCCAACGCCUUCGUGUUACUUCAGCGCCAUAACCAAAGCCUCUGGGGUGGAAAGGUCACUCUUGUCCAGUCAGAUAUGCGCAGCUGGAAGGGGCCCCGGGUGGGCAAGCAAAAUUCUCGUCAGCAACCACCAGCCCCGGUGGGGAAGUCUCUGGGCAUUGAAAACUCAUUUCUAUAUAACACCGGUAGCGAGAAAGAGAACACUACGCAAUAUUCUGGAUCCGCAGCCAACUCGGCUGCUUCGGAGCUUGCGUAUACUACGAUUGACAUUGUGGUUUCCGAGCUAUUAGGCUCGUUUGGCGAUAACGAACUGUCGCCGGAAUGCCUGGACGGCAUCACUCACCUUAUGAAUCCUGUACAUGGUAUCUCCAUACCGGCAUCUUACACGGCUCAUUUCACGCCCAUUUCAGCUCCUAAACUUCAUGCCGAUGUCAUGCAUCAGACUGCUUCCAACCCUGCGGCUCCGGAGACACCAUACGUGGUGAUGCUACAUGCCGUUGAUUUCCUUUCAACGAAUCAGCCUUCUGAUACCACGGCCAUGAACAUUAAUAUGAGCAGCAGUAACUCCGGCAAUGUUCGAUCUUCUAUCUCGGCCCUUCCGGGGCCUGAGGCUCCACCCCCAUUUGUACAAACCGCGUGGUCCUUUUCACAUCCCAACAAGCACAUCCCACCUCAGUCUUUCGCCUCGUCAACCAUUUCUAACUCUCACAACGUCCGGCGCACACGGCUGGCCUUCCCUAUUCAGAAUCGUGGUGUCUGCCACGGCCUUGCUGGCUUUUUUGAGGCUGUACUGUAUCGUGAUGUAGAGCUUUCGACGAACCCAGUGACUAUGGAUAGCAAAAGUGCCAACAUGAUCAGUUGGUUUCCAAUCUACUUUCCUCUAAAGAACCCUCUAAAUGUUCCUGAUAAUGGUGAGGUUGUUGUCACCAUGUACCGACAGACAGAUGACCAGAAAGUCUGGUAUGAAUGGAUGGUUGAAGUCUUUGCCCUUGAACCUCCCGCGGAGACUUCCACCAUGGAAACUAUUGUUCCUGUGAUGAGCGGUGCUAGGUCUUCAUCUCCCAGUACUGACAACAACGGUCCCUCCAAGUCACAACAAAGCAGAGGCAUCAACCAAGGAGGUGUGCGCCGGAUCAGGGUGGGAAUGAGUGAUCUGCAUUCAAGCAUUAAGGAGGGAUGUCUGAUGUAA